UGUGUCCGGCUUGACCGCGGCCUGUCAUCUGACUCCUUUCCUGUCGGGAGAGAAGAAGUUUAGAAACCCCACCCUCCGCGCGGACUGUCAACGCACACGUACGAGUGGUUCGAGGUCCUGACGAGUGAGCGCCAACCGAGGAAGAGGAGCGUGAAGAGAGGCGGUGAUGGAGCCGCAGUUCCGGUGAAACACCGACCGUGACACCGGGGGCCACCGGGCAGCACCAGGCCACGCGCUCAACUUCAACGAGGAACUAACGGAAUCAGUUUUGUCUCUCCUGCGCGCUGCUCCCUGGGAAGCCGAGCAGGUUUGAUUCGCUCUUCCUGUUACUGAACGAAACAACUUUUUUUUUUUUUUUUAAUGUUGCUAUAAAGGCGCAGCUCUCUGCGUGCUUCCUUGUAAUCAUGGAUACUCAGGCGCACUGGGAUGCGGGAUUUCCUGCGGGAGCGCAGAAAAGUUGCGGCCAGACGCGGUUAUUGGAGGUUUGGGCUUAAUGCGAACUGGCCCUGAAAGUUGUCGUAAAACUCUGGUUGGCCGGACUGAAUGCUCCUUUCCUGCUAUUCUUCUCUGCUUCUCAGCGCUUCCUGCUUGUGGUGGCCACUGCACUUAAUGGCUAAAAAUACUUAAAACUCAAAAUGGACAACCCGACGCUGUGGGAAUCUUAAUCUGGAGUUGCAGCAAUCUAAGUACUCCCCAACAAGCAUUGGGCUACUUUAUUUUAGUCUUGAUAUUUUCGGUCCUCAUAAUCUCAAGUCAACAGGUGGCAAUUUUGAAUGAGGGACGCGACAGUGGUUUAUAUGCCCAUAGUGAGGUGAUUCAGAAACCUCUCAAGUACAGGCCGGUGAAAUGAUAUUGUGCUCAAACCAUGUGUUGGGGAAACCACACACCACAUCACUCACGCAGAGAGAAAUCCAGUGGCGACAGUGCUGCCUUUCUGAGCUUUGAUCCACUUCGAGAAAACAAGAGCGGUCUCCCGGCUGGUUCUGCAUUUUCAAAUGUAGAGGUUUGCAUCUCACGUGAAGACGAAUGAAAGACACUUGCUGUUCAGUAAACUCUGACUCCUCUCCUGCAGCCCACUUGUCGGUCAAGCGUUUGAAAACAUUUCACUGGUCCCUGAUGAACCAACAAGAAAGACAGGAAAGGGAGCGAGGUUCAAUAAAGUACUCCUUUGUACUUUAUUUUCAACCCCUUGGGGUGCAAAAUCUGAUCCAGUCAAAACAUCUGCUUGAGGCUCCAUGGAGCCACUGAAGAACAUAUUCAGCCGUGGCCCACUGUCAAACUGGAAAAAUUUGGAUCAAUCACAAAAAGGGAACUUCACCAAUCCCGUGUGGACUGCCUUAUUUGACUAUGAGGCGUCCUGUAAAGAUGAGCUCACCUUGCGUAAAGGUGACCUGGUGGAAGUUCUCUCUCUGGACUCUGAGAUAUCAGGGGAUGAGGGCUGGUGGGCGGGUAAGGUCAACAACAAGGUGGGCAUCUUCCCAUCCAACUAUGGCUCCUUCAAGCCAAGUGGAUUCGGGAAACUUCCAGGUAGCGGCGUGGUCAGCGAGCUUGGCCCGGCCGUGGUGGGCGAGUUCGAACCUGAUGUGCUGGAUUUCCGGGAGCUGAGCCUGGAGGAGGUGAUUGGCGUCGGGGGCUUCGGGAAAGUGUAUCGUGGUACAUGGAGAGGUGGGCUGGUGGCCGUGAAGGCAGCUCGCCAGGACCCCGAUGAGGACAUCAGUGUGACAGCUCAGAAUGUGAGACAGGAGGCACGUCUGUUCGCCAUGCUCACGCACCCGAACAUCAUUGCCCUGAAAGGUGUCUGCCUGCAGGAGCCCAACCUGUGCCUCAUCAUGGAGUAUGCCUCAGGUGGCCCGCUGAGCCGCGCACUGGCGGGGCGUCGCAUCCCGCCGCAUGUCCUGGUCAACUGGGCUGUGCAGAUUGCCAAAGGGAUGUUGUACCUGCACAGUGAGGCCAUCGUCCCCGUCAUCCACCGGGAUCUCAAGUCCAACAACAUUCUCCUGGCCCAGCCCAUAGAGAAUGAGUGCAUGGAGGGUUUGACAUUGAAGAUCACCGACUUUGGCCUGGCGAGGGAGUGGCAUAAGACCACCAAGAUGAGCACCGCCGGCACCUAUGCCUGGAUGGCCCCGGAGGUCAUCAAGGCUUCCACCUUCUCCAAGGGCAGCGACGUCUGGAGCUAUGGUGUCCUGCUGUGGGAGCUGCUUACAGGAGAGGCACCGUACAAAGGGAUUGACGGACUCGCUGUUGCCUACGGAGUCGCCGUCAACAAGCUCACGCUGCCCAUCCCUUCCACGUGCCCGGAACCCUUUGCUCAGCUCAUGUCAGAGUGCUGGGACCAGGACCCCCACCGGAGACCCAAUUUCAGCUCCAUCCUGGCCCAGCUGAUGGCGCUGGAGAGGCAGGUGAAGGAAGAGAUGCCACAGGACUCCUUCCACUCCCUGCAGGAGGACUGGAAACUGGAGAUCCAGGACAUGUUUGAUGAGCUCCGGGCUAAAGAGAAGGAGCUGCGGUGCCGCGAGGAGGAGCUGAAGCGGGCGGCUCUGGAGCAGAAGUCCCAUGAAGAGUUCCUGCGGCAGCGCGAGCAGCAGCUGGCCCAGUGGGAGCAGGACGUGUUCGAGCGCGAACUCAGCCUCCUCAUCCACCACCUGAACCAGAACCAGGAGAAGCCCAACGUCAAGAAGAGGAAGGGCACCUUCAAGAAGCACAAGCUCAAGAGCAAGAACGGCGAGAAGAUCAGCAUGCCCCAAGAUUUCAUCCAUAAGAUUACAGUGCAAGCAUCCCCUGGCCUGGAGAAGAGGCGCAACUCUCCUGAUCUGGGUUCAGGCUCCUCGCCCUCCUUUGGCCCUCGUUUCCGUGCGAUCCAACUCAGUCCCAGUGACAACAGCAGGACGUUCGGGCUGAGCCCAGUCUGGCCUCUAGAGGCGUCCUCUCUCAAACAAUCCAACGGAGACCUGAGGUUGUGCCCCCACUGGAGGCCCCAGAGCCCGAAAAGUCCCAAAAGCCCCAAAGUGCUGCGCCUCAGUCCGCAGGAAAGCAGUCUUUCGAUGAGAGCCAAGCUCCUGGGGUCAGACAGCAAUGAGAACGGAGAGUCCAAGGAUGACUUUGAGGAGUACAGACCCUCCACCCCCACCCCUCCCUCUGCUCAGAACGGCUCCUCAGUGAAGAACAGCCUGCGGCUUCCUCUACCUCAGGGAGACUCGGGCAGCGAGGAAGGUGGCUCCUCCCCAGCUGGCUCCCCCAGGCCUGAGAGGGGUUCCCACAGUGGCCUGAUUAAGAGCACGCACCGGGUCCUGCUCGGCGGUGGCUCCCUUCUGGCCUCCAUAGGAUUGGGUCGCUGCCUUGAUAUGCCCCCAAGGGUGCCCCCUCGAACUAACCCCCCAUCCCUAGAGGACCGCACCACCUUCGAACUAGAGAUCUCCUCCCCUAAGCCCCUCAUUUCAGACCCCCCAGUAGUGAACGACCUUAUCUCCUUCUCCACCUCUGAGCCGCUCCCCAAACCGUUCUUGGAUUUAGCUCUGCAGUACCAAGAACUCAAGCCCUUGCCCCUGACUCCACCACCGCCAAACCCCCGCGAAAGGAGUAGCCACCGGACGCCGCACAGUCCGCAGAGCCCCAGGACCCCCCUGCAGCACGACAGGAACAGCCCAGCGGAAUGGACCCUGAGUUCCCAUUCUUCCAACGGGGAGAUGGUCUGCGAGGCCUGGGAUCACAAAGCUGACAGGAGGAGGAGGUCCAGCCCAAGCCUGCACACCUCCCAGCUAGUUUUGGACCUGCCCUUGUGCCAAGACACACAGGACUCUGAGGACAAACCUUCCGUGCCCUAUUCUCUCCACCCAAACCCUGCUCUCUGGAGCCCCAAAACCCGCCGCCUGGAGGUCAGCGUCAUCCCCCGGCCCCGCCCGUCACCCAUCCGCCCCCGCAUCGACCCCUGGAGCUUCAUCUCCACUGGCGGCGUGAACUCAAGUGUGGGCCGCAGUGCUAUCCGCUCGGACAGCAACCCCCUGGGCUAUCAGCCUUCCCCUACAAACCCGUUCACCAACUGUGACCCGUUCCCAUCACCGGACUGUGAUCCAUUUGCCCUCAAAGCUGACCCCUUGAGCGGCUCGGACACGGCUUCACCCUUCGACCCCUUCUCAACUCCCUUUCCCACAUCCCGCUCUGCCCCGUGCUCCACCAACGGCUCGCCCACGUUGCCAUCAUUCCGCAUAGUCCCCCUCAACCCAGCCGACUCGCCCCUGAUUGACCUGGGCUGGGCGGCCUGCAACAAGCCCCUGGAUGGCACCAAAGAGAGGGCUCACCCCCGCCGGACAAUGGGGCUCAAGCCUUUCAAGUCCCCCACGCAGCUGAGAGACGACCGGUUCUAAACAAGGCCUUGUCUGUGGCUUGUGACCACCUCUCACUUCUGGGUGUUAAAAAGUGCAGUUUUAAAACAGGAACACAUUCCAGGACAGUUUCCCCUACUUUGUCCUACAUCUUAAAGGAAAGUCGAACCAAUAGCUGGUGCCCAUUUCAUUCUCCUUCUCUAUCUCUGUUUCUCUAUCCCUUUGAAGGAGCAGACCACAGAUCACUAGUCCCAUCUUCAGAUCCUAUCAGACUCAUCCGCUCAUAUCACCUGCUUUCAUCACCCCCUACCUUUGAAGCAUUGUGACAAUGCAGAGGUGGAUAAGCGACUUGCGUGGCUUCAUCUGCCUCUACCUCUCUCCAGACUGAAAGCAUUCAGGACAAUGGAAAAUUGGAGUGCCUUAUUUCAUGAAGUGUUUUUAAUAUAUAUUUUCAAGGUUCCUUGAAUGGAUAAUCUGGUGCGUAGGGAAGAUGCUUUGAAUUUGGUUUAAAUUUGCAAAUCAGCUUAGUGUUGCUGUGGAAGAAAAUGUCUUCUCCAUGUGUGUGCGCGCAUGUGUGCAUGUAUGUCUAGACUCAUUGUUCAAGGAAAGCUUACUGUUGUUGUUUUUUUAAACAGUCUGCCCUGUUGCAUUAUGGGAGAAAGCACUCAGAGUGAAUAUUCUAGGCUGCUCAAGAAAUCCAAGACAAAACCAUGAACCAGGCAUUCCACUUGGAAGCAGAUAACAUUCCAGUCACAUUCCUCGGGAAAUGCCAGGGAUUGGACAGAUUCAUUGGCAGGCAACAGAGCACAGGAAACAAGACAGGGGAGCCCUCUGCGUUCCCUCCAUAUGCCAAAGAAUGCCACUGUGACAGUGUAAGAGCCGGGACAAAGAGGGUCUGCAAAUAAGUUGUUUUUACCUCCGCAGAGUGCCAGAUGGGUGGGUUUGCCACACUGGACAAGACAGAGGGACAACAGUUAUUAAACGUAAGUUUAAUAUACUUUUCUGUGGUUGUUUGACUUGUUUGACAAUAUCCCGACUGUCUUACCACCACCCGUCUGUUGCUUGAGGAAGGUUCAACCAAAAACAAGUAUUGGCAGAUACUACAAUACAUCAGUAUGGACGCUUCAUUCAGUCCACCAGAGUAGCAGCGGCCUCACAAAGCCAGCCCACAAUUUCACAGUGCACCACUAACCUGGUCAUCAUUGGUCUUUUCAUCCAGUACCUUGACUAGGAAAACAAGAUCUGGAAAUGUUGCAUAAUCUCUCAUGGAUCCACCAAAAUCUGUCUUGAAGAAAGUGGGAGCUGGAAGAUUUAAUAUUUAUGUUUUUCUUUACCCUGUAACAGAAUCAGAAAUAUUUUAUUGAUCCCUGGGAGGAAAUUGGAUUUCAUUACAGUCGCUGCAGCCAAGAAUAGAAAUAUAUAUACAGACCAAGACAAGAGAAUAAAAUUAGAAGUUUGUAAAAAAUCUGUGCAUUAUAAUUGAUAUAAUAGAUACCUGCAAAACCUGCUUUUAAAAGUUUUUUUGGACAUUGUUGACAUAUUUAGCUUAUGCACAUGAGUGAGGUAUCACAUCUAACUCAACAAAACGAGAAUUUCCGACAAUGUCAAACUAGUUUUUUAAGAUUUGGUAACAUGCCUUAGAGGUUGUGAGUUGAAGGCUGGCUUUGCACGACUUGAUUAUAGGCCCUUCUGAACUCUCCUCACAGUUCCAUGGUCAGAAAAGAAAUCCAUCCUAAACCAUUAUGUCAGUACUAAAAUAAUUUUUUUAGCAUCAGGAGCCUUAACAGAUGAGAAUACACUCGGGAAAUGUAUGUAUGAGGUGUGAUGCAUAACAGCAUCCAAGGCUGUUUUUUUCCCUUCAUGGCAAUGAGCCGGUUCCCAAGCGCGUUAACAUUAACAUAAUUGGCGUAGGUCAAGCAUGUGAGCAACUGGAAGAGACCCACUUACACGUGGCCCCCAACUCGUCAUGUUACCCAUGUUUUCACUGGUGCAUUAAAAGGUAGAAAUUUUGAUUGGGUUCAUCACUGACACCGUGUCAUGGGAGGACAAUAACGGCUUUGUUCCGGUGAAGAGCGAAAGACCUCGUCUCCAAAGGGGGAAAGCUUUGUGAUUAGCCUAAUAAUCCUACUGAUGAAUAGAGGAGGUUGAUAGCGAUAAUUAGCCCCUUGAUAAGAGCAGGGAGAAUUAACAAUGCGUUCCAAUAUCUGCUUAAUUAAUUUUUCUCAACGUUACGUAAAUGCCAUGCAUCCCCCUCACAAGGUAUUGUUGUUGCCUCCUGCAUCAGCUUCCAUCUCGGCAGAAGCCGCACACUUUUUUUUUUUUUUUCAAUGCAUAAAGUUUGUUAGUCUGUGGACGCUCACCUUUUUCUGCGCCCUUGCCCUCAGGUGAUGUGGUAGAUAGCUGUACUCUUUUUUUCUUCUCACUCCCAUUCCUUUGCUUCCUUCCUCUGUGGAAGCUUUUUCUGGACGGCAGCUGCGUCGCCACACUGCAGAGCAUUCAAUUCAGUAACAGCCAGGUUUCUGUCCAUGAAAAAAAAAGAAAAAAGAAAUGGCACUCGUUCAAGGACAAUCCAUUUACUGGGAAUGCUGGGAGGGAAUCAGAUUUGUUUUGGAUGGAAAGGGGAGCUUUUUUUAUAUAUAUUUCUAUUGCACAUUAACUCGUUUGUCCCAUCUACUACUGGACAUCCAAAGCUUUAUCACUGGUAACAAAGACACAGGGCAGGUAGAUCGUACAGUGUAGAGUCCAGCCACUUACAACGGUCAAAGUUCUGUACGGCCACACUCAAAGAGGGGGUGAAAUGCCUGCUGUCGUUGAGAGGGGUGAAAAGUCAUUAAUUUGCAAAAUAAAAAAAAAAAGGAAAUAAUGCUCCUGAAAGCAUUAGUGGUGCUGUAAUCGGUUGCACGUAUUGAAAACUAAUGGAAGUAGGAUUAAAAAUUCAUUGACAUUAAAAAUCCUUUGUAAUGUCAAGGGUUAUUUUAGUUUGAGAGAGAUCAUACGCUGCCUGCUUAUCCACCUCCACACACCUGGCGCCUGCUUUAUAAAAUGAGUCUGUUUCAGAAAGACACAAUAAUUGUACAAAUUCUUCUUAUGACAUAAAAAAUGGUGCUCUAAAGAGAGCUUUUAGCCAGUUGUUGCCAAGUAUGUAAUUUGAAGCUUUAGACCUUGAUAAUGUAUUUAAAUUCAACAACGUGUACUCAAACAAGCAGUUGCUUUGCGAACGUCAUUUAUUCGUAAAAUAUUUGACAGGGUUAGUAACAAAUAUAUAAGUUGGUAGGAUCCCCCACAUUCACCAUUUUGCUGCUGUUUCAUAUUGACCUCUGGUUCAGUCUCCCCUGCCAUCAAAAGUACACGAGCAGUGUGGAUCUCCUUUAAAGUCGUGCAAACGUUGAAGGUUUACUUCAGCUGUCGUCUCUCUCAGCGUUGUUCCCCACCGUCCUCUGCUCUCGUCCUCGACGCCAUUUUAUAGACGUGACAAGUGAUGAGUUAUUGACUCGUCUCUGUGUCAACACACAAAGUCACGAGAGCCAUCCUCUGAUAGUCAUUAGGCUCGAAGGGCUGUUAUUGUCAACAGAGCUCUGUGAGCUAAAAAAAAAGAGGCAACACAAAGGAAAUUGUGAUUGAAACGUCUGGCUGAUUAUUUCUGUCACAAAUACAGUGUGUGUGUGUCAAGUAUCCACUUUAAACCGCCACUCAUGUCUCGUCUGGAUGUUCCUCAGCGCUCACUUUAAUUUUCCCCCAGAGCGGAUGUUGAAAAAGCCGUUUUCCAUCAAGGGGCGUGCACAUUGAAUCUGACUACAUGAAAUAUUACUUGUAAUAACAGCAGUCACCAUGGAUUUCACAUAUAAGUUAUUGUCUGUAGUCAGAUUUGGGGAAAUUCUUUUAUUUCUGGUAAUCAUUUCUCAAAGUUUUUCAUUUGAAGUGGUGAGAAACCUCUCCUGAUGGCAAAAUGACCUGUUCAUGAAAAUAUGUCGAAAUGCUUUAGAAUUUUGGCAAAACUCUUUUUGGUUGGACGUGACUGGAACACAUAUAUGACAGGAAAGUGCAAUUCUUAGUUUUGGCUGUCAGAUUUAGGAGCCAUGGCUGCCACCCAUCUGCCGGAGCUGACAGCCAGCACUCCCAUAAGGAACUCCUGAUGGGUUGUUUGUGACUCUCUGCUCUUGGAGGCAUUGCCACAUCCGUCAUUGCAAAUCAGCGCCCCUAGAGCAAGCAGCCGGGGAGAAUGGAAGUGAAUUCUCUGCAGGAGAGAGCGAUAUCUGGCCACCAGCGAUCCACACUCAGCUCCGCAGGGCGGCAGGGAGCAGGAAUGAUUUGAUGAUCUUAAUUCAAAGCUCAGACCAUUGCCUCAAUCAGCGAAUGGAAAAUUGUCAAUACACUGCAUGAAUAAAACCUAAUGAGACGGCACAGUGGAGCAACCCAAGGCUGUGGCCCUCACCACGCCAAGAGGCCCCAACUAGUGGCAGUUGUGUUUCGGAGCCAUUAUCAUGAAUGGGGGAAAAAAUCAUAUCGCAAGCUACUUAUUUCUUGGCUUUGUAAAGGAGUGAAAAGUGUUGCCAGUCAUCAUCCAUUAGGAUUACACUCAAACCUCAAUCUUACAGUGACUGUCAACAGCAGCUACGUUUACAUAGACACUAAUUAUCUUAUUCCUCCUGGUUAAAGCAUUGAUUCAACUAUAUACUUAUAUUUAAAAGUAGGACCAUCCACUUGUUAAACCUGCUGUCAGCUCUCCAUUAUUUUUAGAUCAAAAUUUCAAUAAAAAACUCAUUUGUUUUACACAUUAUCACAUAACGCUUUAUAUUUUUACACCCUGUAUUACUCUUUUACCUAACAAUAUUAUGUGUCAAUGUGUUAAGUCAUAUUUUGACUCGUCUGAUAAGCUGUUACUGCACGUUGUCUAUUUUUGGUAAAUCAGGAAAUAUGGUGUAAAGUAUAGUUAUGGCUUUAGAUUUUUUAACAUCUUCAACACAAUUCAGAUACUGUGAUUUAAUUCUAGUUUAUAAAUGCAUCAAUAUGACCCAUUCAGUGUCACAGUGACAACAUGGUGGCGAGCGAUGGUGGCAGGAGCAAAUACCUUUCUCUAAAUUACAUUGAGCAGGGACAUGUGCUGCUGCUGCUGUAUCAUUGCAGUGAACAGCCAACAGCAGAGCGAGCGUAGCAGUGUUGUGUAAACCCAUCAGUUUGAACAACGGAGAAGAUCUCGUACUGAGAGCGACUGAAUCGUGUUUCUGCACAGCCUUCUGUGUAAACACGCCAGGCUCCAGGGUGGAUUAGUGAACCUUGAAAAAACUGAAUGUCAAAGAAUAGUUUCAAACUCCUGGACUAUCACUGAACUUUUCUGAUUACUGAAAGUAACAGAGCAUGGCGUGCAUGUAAACGUGCCCAUUUCUGGUGUCGACUUCAACGAAGCCAGGACUCUGUAUUUCUCAAAUUGCAUGUCUUCCCUCCUUCGUGGUUACUGAGAAAAAUUGUAGAACAACAAGGAGAUUGGUAAAACUCAGGCUGAAGGCGCUCCACGUAUUGAUUCAUUAUUUUUAUUGAUGAAGUCUCAUCUUGGCGGCUCAGUGAAGAGUAAAUUCUGAAACGUCUAACUAGAUGCCCUGACAUUUCACUGGCUCUCGCCCUGUUGCACCUCUGCUUGCUAUUGUUCAAUUAAGUAGAUGUUACAAAUGUACCUGGUUAUCAGGCUCAUUUCAGCUGUCUCAGAGGCAGCCGUCGGUGCCAGACACUCAUUAUUGCUCUUUCUGGCUCAUAUGAAACUAAAGCACCUGUCCAGGCCUUUGUUUGGCAUUAACAGGCUGAGACCAAAUGAUCAAAUAUGACCUUUCUUUGACUGUACAGGAAUUGCAUAUCCCAAUAGGGAUGUGGACAAAAGCCAUGUCUGCAACAGGCACCACAAAGUGCCGAGCUAACCCUCGGUCUUUCAAAGAGUGAAUAUUAUUUCUAAUUCGCUUCUGUCUGUGCAUCCAAGGUCACCAUCUGCUGUCCUCUUUUUCUGUAUCAACGAAAACUAAAUGAAUGGGAUUUAUGAAAGGAUGACCAAUUUGUUUCCAAGACCACAGUGACAGCUCUUGGCACUCUGUUUAGAGAGUAAACAUGGAUUUUAUCUCUGAGAUUAAGUCCGAGGCCCGCACACUCAACCCCCCUUCUCUCAACAGUGUACAGCAGCCCCAUGGUCGAGAUUAUUGUUCUGCUUAGCUAUUGACACUCAAUUACUUGCUGAUCGUUCUGCACAGAAUGUGUGCGCUCUCGAAAUGUCUGUUUCUAGUGUGGAAUGAGCGCACUGAGUAAACAACCUUUGCGUAGACUGAUUUGUAUUUUUGUGUGCGUGACAUUGUUCACAGAUAGUUAUUAUUCAUGGCUUUUAUCUUAAUCAUGUGACAUUGUUCUACAAAUCAGGUGCACAAGCUAGUUCUACGAAGCCUCUGGUCUGACACAAAGUAGGGCAUGUAAAUACAAUUUAAUCUAAAUUUAAAGCUCAACCUGGUGAUACUGGAAAAGCUAGCAAGAGCUGGCUACACUAUUAUGCAAUUGAUACAUUUCUUCCCCUCCCACGGACCCUCUUGCCAAAGCUACGCCCCCGAAACAGUUGAAUUGCGAGAAGCCGACUUGUCCAUGACUCCUUCACCAACUUCUAGCUGUCAUCAGCUUCAGAGGUGUAUGUCUCCUCGGCUGAAGACUCAUGCGUAGUGAGAGCACGGGCAGGGUGCGUGCAGACAGGAAGGUCGGUUAGUGACAGACAUUUUGGUUGAAUCAAAUGAUUGGUUGUGUUAAUUACAGUCCUGGGAGGGACGCUGGCUUUGUCUGAGAGACAUUUUACAGGCUGCUUUUCACUCACCUCACAUCAUUAGCUGAUGAGCACUUUCCCCAUCCGCUCUUCAAAAUUGUCCCAUGAUGUAUUUUAAUAUUUUUUUUGUGUUGUGAAAUGCUGGUGUGAUGGAAAGUAGACAAGUCCAAUUAUUAACUUGUUUUGGAAAGAAUACUGAAAGUGCAAACUCAGCGGACAAAGCAUUUAUAGAUUUGGUAAAUCAACAAAACAUGUCAAUGAAGUCAGCAAGCAACAAAUGUCCAAAUUGGGUUUUUAUGCCUUUGCCUAUUUACACUCAAUUGAAUGCCUAUGAAAUGAAAUUGACCUAAGUGUCUGUGCUCUGUCUAAUAAACCUUCAGAGUGCUAAGAUUACAGCCGACACUUAACCCGAUUAAUGUCUUUUAAGGCACAGAUAUAAUUCAAGGUAAAGUAUUUGACAGCAGCUCGAGGGUAUUUCACAGUAGGUGGUCUCUUUAAGGUGCUCAUGCUGGGGCUUAACUAACUGAACUCUAAAUGAUCCAUAAUAGAAAUUUUAAAUGGUUUGGAUGGUACAAAUCCCCAUGACUCACCGGUCACAUCUCUUCCACUCAAGGCUUUUCCUUCUGACAGCUUCCCACCAGCAAGCUAGGGGCAUUUACAAAAUUUAUAAAUGGGAGAAGUGGAUAUUUAUAAAUGGCUAUCUUUUUACACACUGGAUUAAAAAUAUUUUUCUGUAUAGAUGGCCAUGGACGCAGUCUACAUUAGGAUGAUGGAUUGAUUGCUUCAUAUGAUCAAAAACAUUUUAUAGGUUUUCACUGGAGUAUUUAAGUUGCUUGUAUGGGUGCUUCACAUGAGGCAGGUUUACUUUACAUUCCAGUUCUCCGAAUUUGACCAAAUCUGUAUCAAUAUGAUUCCUCUGCAUGCCAGAGUAUUUUUGUGUAGCAGAAAAUUCAAGAGACUUGCCUGGUAGAGCUUGAAAUCAUUUUUUUGUGUGUACAUAACUGCAAAAUCCCAAACCUAAAUUGCGGUCAAAUGUCCCCUUGGGGCACCCAUACUGAAUUUUUAUGUGCAUAAAACUGCUUGAGGGAGAUGAGGAUUUUGUCACUACCUUUAAGUGGUGGACAAAGUCGACCUCUCCGUCUUUGUAUCUAUUUGCUUUUAAUUAUAAUUGUUGCAGAUUCAUUUUCCAUGUCUUUUUUUCUGUGUGUGUGUUUUAUUACAACCUAGGUGAUGUGAUCACGCAAUUGUUGCAUUGCCCUGGCAGCCAUUUUUACAUCUCUCUCAGAACUGUCUCUGCUCUUUUGGAGUUAGAGUUUUAGCGGUCAUCGGGCUUUGAAAAAUGUCGUUAUUGUUGCAUUUUUGUGAAAUCUCGCACUGGGCUGGGCCUAAUCAACUGUUUUUAUUGUUGUGUGUCAAGAGGAUUAUUUCUGUAUACAGUAUGUGAAAAUGUUUUUAUUUCUCUUGACUAUUAUUAUGGGUUUUAACCUGUGGAAAAAAAAAGAGAUGAGACCAAAUAAAAUGUAACACUCCA